CACAUACUUUAACGGCCCUUUGUUUCACCCCGGCCCUCGCUUUGCAGCCAAAACCUCUACAAGAAGGACGCCGGCUCCGGACCAAAGGAAAAGAAGGUGGGCCGAGCCGGCUACGGACAUCAGCAGACAGACAGGUGGAGGUGCGAGGAUAAGGAACCCCCAAGAUGUUGGGCUAUCCAGACCCGAACGCUUCGUCCAUUACGGUCGCAGUUCGUGUCCGACCGUUUACAAUUAGAGAAGCUGCCCAACUGGUCAGAAGAGAUGAGGGUACGGUAUUCCUGGGAGACGGGUCGCUGGCGGCCGCGCCAACCCCAAAACUCAACCAGAGGGGAAUCCGGCCGGUAAUCAAGGUGGUGGACGAUAGAUGCCUUGUUUUCGAUCCUCCAGAAGAUAACCCAAUUCAGAAAUUCUCUCGAUCAGUCGUGCCAGCGAUGGGCAAAAAAGUCAAGGACCAAGUCUUUGCCUUUGACCGAAUCUUCGACGAGAACGCCUCCCAGGUGGAAGUCUACCAAGGCACAACCAAGGGCCUCCUGGAUAGUGUCCUUGACGGCUACAACGCGACUGUCUUCGCUUAUGGCGCCACCGGCUGCGGCAAAACCCACACCAUUACCGGAACGCCACAAUCUCCGGGCAUCAUCUUCCUCACCAUGCAGGAGCUCUUCGAAAAGAUUAACGAGCGCAGCGGCGAGAAACACACCGAGGUCACACUCUCCUACCUUGAAAUCUACAACGAGACGAUUCGGGACCUGCUGGUGCCUCCUGGCAGCGCCACGAACAAGCAAGGGUUGAUGCUGCGUGAGGACUCGAAUCAAGGAGUGAGCGUCGCCGGUCUGACGAGCCACAAGCCCAAGGAUGUGCAGGAGGUCAUGGACAUGAUAGUACAAGGCAACGAGUACCGCACCGUAUCCCCCACCGCCGCCAACGCGGUCUCGUCACGCUCACAUGCCGUCCUGCAAAUCAACGUGGCGCAAAAGGACCGGAACGCUGCCGUCAAUGAACCCCACACCAUGGCCACGCUAUCCAUCAUCGACUUGGCUGGAAGCGAGCGCGCCAGUGCAACCAAGAACCGCGGCGAACGGCUGCUGGAGGGCGCCAACAUCAACAAGUCCCUCCUCGCGCUGGGCAGCUGCAUCAAUGCGCUUUGCGACCCGCGCAAGAGUAACCAUGUCCCUUACCGAAACAGCAAGCUGACGAGGCUGCUCAAGUUCAGUCUAGGCGGAAACUGCAAGACGGUCAUGAUUGUAUGCGUGAGCCCGUCGAGCGAGCACUUUGACGAAACGCAAAACACGUUGCGGUACGCGAACCGGGCCAAAAACAUCCAGACAAAGGUCACGCGCAAUGUUUUCAACGUGAAUCGCCACGUCAAGGACUUUUUGGUCAAGAUUGACGAGCAGAUGGCCCUCAUCAACGAGCUCAAGGCCCAGCAGCGCGAUGCCGAAAAGGUCUUCUUCGCAAAGUUUCUCAAGCAGAGCGAAAAGCGCGAUGCCGUAGUGCGAGAGGGCCUGGCCAGGCUGCACGCCGCCUACGAGCAUGCUGAGAAGGACCGCAUGGAGGUGAUUGGAUUCAUGAAGCAGCAGCGUGCUAUUGAGAGAAGGAUCGGUCUAUUGUCGUCUUGGAUUGCAGCCUUUGAUUCCGUUUGCGAUGCCCGCGGGUGCGCGAGUGAGGAGGAGAUGCCUGCUCCCUUGACAGCCAUCCGCAAGACCGCCGUCGGGAUCCUGAACGAGCUCGAAACCACUAGAAAUCAUGUCCACCAGCGUCUUGGGAGGUGUAACUGGGAGCGAGCCCUUGAUACAGCGCUUCAGCACAGCAUUUUGCAGUUACCUGCUAUGGGCGGGAACAGCGAAGGUUGCAACGCUGAAAGGGACAUUCUCGCACGGGAGGCAGAGUUACUAAGAACAGGAUUCAUGCGGGAUGCGUACCACGAGGUAGUUGAGCAGGACAAGGCUGGUGAUGCAGCGAUCUUACAGACAUUACUAAUGGCGCAGUUUGAGAUCAUGGCGAGCCUAGAGGAGUUGUUGAGGAUGGAGGAGCGACAGGCGAUGGAGCAUGCGAAGGCGAUGGUGAACAGGCUGUUGGAGACGGGACUUCAGGCGGUUGGCCAGGUCGUCAAGCCUGAUGGAAGUCUUUCGACGGCUGGGUACCAGGGAACAGGACUCAGUGUGCCCAAACUGAGGAGGAAAAGUGGUGCGAUUAAUGGCGCAAAGACGAUUCCCCAACCGGUGUUUUCCGCCAGCGCGGCGCUGACAACGGCAAUUUCGACUUCGACUGAGACUGCUAUGGACAUCUCGACGGAGCCGGAAGCGGAUGUAGAGGGGCAACUGGAGAGCUGGGACGGGGAGAGCGUUCCUCAUCUUUCACCAGUAAAGGCCAGAAAGGUUGCCUACGCAUCAUCCAAGAAGGCCGGCACUUCGUUUACAUUCACGCCCGUAAAGAAGAAGCAUUCUGUGCGAUGGAGAGACGAUGAAACAGAAGAAGGAACACUAGCCGACUUUGAGAAGACGCCGCAGAAGUGGGACUCUAGUCCGGGCGAGCCUGAAAAUGGCAUUUCGCCUGUUCGACCGCCGAUGCCGAGUUACCUUGGCAGCAUGAAGAGCCCUCCACCUCCACAGCGCGACAAUACCGACGAGGACGUAGAAAUGGACGACGGGGCUGGCCCGGCAUUGUCAUCGAUCCCAGAUCUUUCGGGGCUAUCUAUCGGCAAGCCGAACCGGUUCCAGGCCGGAUUCUUGUCCAAGUCUAGGACUUCACUGGCUGGAUCAACCCCCGGAGCGACUAUCACUGGUAACGGAGUACUUCAAUCGCAGCCACCACCGGUCUUUAACUUGAACCUGGCCAACAGCAAUAACUCUAUAUCACAGCAGAAUGGAGGUAACGAGGAGAGACCAGCGCAGCCGUUGAGGAGCAUUCCCGUGAGUCGAGCAGCUAAUGCCUACUCUUCGCCGAUAUCAUACUCAGCCAAACCGCCGAACGCGGCUCCUUCAACGACGAACACGAUGAGCAGCGGCAACCACGACGGAAGCCCCAAGACUCCACAACCACCAACCACGUCCUCCUUACAACAGGUUGACGAAAACCAGCCACCCGUCACCGCACGCAAGUCAUCGUCUCGAUUGUCACUCGGCUCGGCCAUUCCGCGCCGCCUCUCUACCUCACCCCGUUCAGGUUCUGGAGGCUCGACGGACUCGGAUAACUCCCUAGUCAUCGACCCCCUCAAACUCAGAUCGGCCCUGCAGGAGAAGAAACGUCGCGACAGGCUUAGCUUGAUGUCGGGCACCGCAGCGUCGAUCGCCAAGGCCAAGCGAAGGGCGUCUAGCGCGGCGCCACUUGCAAACGGCCCCGGUGGCGGUAACGGCUCGGCUUCGACUCCAGGGCCAGCGGCGUCACGGCCGAGCAUCGCCAAAGUCUCGCAUAGGGCCAGCAUCGGUCAAGGCAGAUCGAGCGUCGGCGGUCACAGAGCCAGUUUCGGAGGCAGUCUGCACGGAAGAGCCAGUAUGGGCGCUCACCACCGGGCCAGCAUCGGUGCGGGCGGCCACCCGGGACUUGGAGGAGCUGGGCGGAGAAGCAGUAUGGGCGUGGGCGGCGGCCCACUGGCUAGCGCCACCAAUGGUAUUUCGAGACAUCGGAAGGGCAGUGGUCUAGAAAAGUCGGGUGCGGUGGCUGCCACUAGGAAGGGAGGUAUUCCGUUGCCGACUAUCGCGGGGUCGCCUCCUGUUAGAAGCGGGACGACAGGGUUGGCCGCUAGGAGGGCCAGUUUGGGUCCGAAUAGCGCGUGGCUGGUGGAGAGCGGGAUGAUGGGGCCGAAAAGUGGCAUUGGUUUGACGAAUGCUCAACCUAGGAGGAUGGGGAUUAAUGGAAAUGGAAGUGGCUUCGGCAAGGGAAGUCCAAACGGAGGUGAAGAAGAUAACAAUUCUGCGUCAGGGACGACGGCCGCGAAUAGGCUGAGCGGGUUCGGAUCAUUUGAUGGUAAGAAUAGGAGAAUUACCAUUGGGGCUGGGCCGAUUGGUAAGAAGUCGAGCUCUUCCCUGUGGCAGUGAGGAUGGGGGAGCGAUCGUAUUGCAUAGCGUAAUUAGCAUGGAAGCAGUGCUGCUGGAUAAGGGUUAAGCGUCGUCACUUUAGGCUAGAUGGGUGUU